AACGAACCAGAGGGUUAGCGCAAUAUUAAACCGUGAGACCAAAUUUGAAACUUUUUUUUUUUGUUUUUUUUUGAACAUCGAAUCGACAAAUUCCUUCCGCCGUCGGAAUGUCAAUUCCCGAUUCCAACGCCUCCGCUUCUGUAAUGGAGUCUCCGUCUCUCUCCACCGCUUCCGAAACUCUUGCGAGACCAGUAAACACUACCAUACUACCGCCGUCUCAGCCACCUCCUGCUCCGCCGCCACCACCGCCGCCGACUUACAGACCCAUAGCUCCGUUUCGCCAUCCUAAUCCGUUACAACAAGCUCAUAAUAACCUCUACGCGCAGUCAAUUCCAAACAUACGCCCGAAUCAAGAUCCGUCGGCGGUUCUUUACCCGUUUGCUCCUCCGGGUCGAGGGUUUCCAGCCCGACCCGUUCGAGGGUUCCUCGCUGAUCAGAGUGGGUACCCUCCUCGCCCGGGUGUGGCUUACAAUCUUCGACAGUUUGGACCGACUCAAAUGGAAACCAUGAUGCAGUUAAUGAGGGGGAGAAAUCCUCAGUUACCACGCCUUGGAGCGGCUUCUCCUGUUGGGUCGGGUCCCAGGCGAGGAAGUCCUCAGUUUCUGCAACCGCGGGUUGCCCCGCCCCGAACUUCUGUUCAAGACACCAGCAGGAAUAGAAAGGCCAGAGGCAAGGAUGAGGCUCUUAUUCUUGUUAGAGGGAGAAAGGUCAGAAUCACUGAAGGAGCUUCUCUUUACUCACUUGGUCGAUCGUGGUUAAAAAAUGGUGCUCACGUAGGAAUUCAGCCGCAAAGGAGUGGUAUAAUGAAACCUUUACCAAGGCCGUUACCUGUGGAUAUGACAGAGACAAGCGUGCCAGCUGAAGAAUCAGCUGAUGAAGACGAAGAGGACGAGGAAGCUGUAAAAGAAUUAUCAGAGAAAGAUCUUUUGAAAAGACACAUUGAGCGAGCUAAGAAGAUCCGUGCACGAUUGAGAGAAGAACGGUUGAGGAAGAUCAAGAGGUACAAAGAAAGAAUAGCUCUUCUUCUGCCACGAUCCGAAGAAGAAAAAUGAAAGCAUUAAGAGAAAUUAGAACGGUAAAGUUUUGUUAGGACCUAGCUUUUAUAUAUAUGACUGUUGUUGAUUUAGCAUAGUAGUUACCACGUAACAUACGUGCAGUAGGUGUGUUUUUCUCUUCCUCUACAAUAGAUUUAGUAGGACUACUCAUUGAAUUGUCAAUGUGUGUGUCAUUCUUCCUAAAACAAAGGAGGAAGAUAAAGUUGUUUCCUAGAUAUUAGUCACUUCUUUUAACCAGUUUGACAAUAAAGUUUUCUCGUCUUACA